AUGGGCGCAACGGAUACACAGCUGGGUUUUCCUUCCAGCUCGUGUAAGGUGAGAACAUGUAAUGCUCCAUGCCUGAGUUUCCUUCCUACGCACGCAGGUAACGUUGUGGACAGCCAGUCCCCCAGGCUCUUGGCAAAUCAGCUAAGAUGGGACCUGACUGCCGAGCAGAUAGAGACGAUGGCUGCAGAGCUCACCGAGAGGACCAAGCUGGUGUAUGACCGGGUGGGCUCCCAGGAACAGGGAGAAGUGUCCUACGAAAACACCCUCAAGGCACUGGCUGAUGUGGAGGUGGAAUAUACAGUGCGUCGGAACAUGCUGGACUUCCCCCAGCACGUGUCUCCCUGCAAGGACAUCCGUGCAGCGAGCACCGAGGCCGACAAGAAGCUCUCGGAGUUCGACGUGGAGAUGAGCAUGAGGCAGGACGUGUACCAGCGGAUUGUCUGGCUGCAGGAGAAAUCAGAGAGUGCUUCUCUGAAGCCUGAAGCAAAGAGAUAUCUUGAGAGGCUGAUCAAACUGGGUAAAAGAAACGGCCUUCAUCUCCCAGAGGAAACGCAGGAGAAAAUCAAAGCUAUUAAGAAAAAGCUGAGCAUCCUUUGCAUAGACUUCAACAAGAACCUCAAUGAAGAUACCACCUACCUGCCCUUCUCAAAGGAAGAAUUAGGGGGGCUCCCUGAGGACUUCCUGAACUCCCUGGAGAAGACGGAGGAUGGCAAGCUGAAAGUCACCUUGAAAUACCCCCAUUAUUUCCCUCUGCUGAAGAAGUGCUACGUGCCUGAGACAAGGAGGAAGGUGGAGGAAAUGUUCAAUUCCAGGUGCAAAGAGGAGAACUGCCUGAUCCUCAAGGAGCUGGUGGACUUGCGGGCUCAGAAAGCUGGUCUCCUGGGCUUCAACACGCACGCCGACUUCGUGCUGGAGAUGAACAUGGCUAAAAGUAGCCAAAUGGUGGCCACUUUCCUGGGUAGGGCACGGGCUGUGGAAGGGCAGGAUGGGGCAUGUGCUGCGCUCACCACUUGGGAUUGCAUCAAUGCCUGGGACAUGCGCUACUACAUGAAUCAGGUGGAGGAGACCAAGUACAGCGUGGAUCAGAACCUGCUGAAGGAGUACUUCCCCAUGCAGGUGGUCACCUCGGGCCUGCUGGCUAUAUACCAGGAGCUGCUGGGGCUCACCUUCCAUCUGGAGGAGAAGGCUCAGGUCUGGCAUGAGGACGUCCAGCUUUACACGGUGAAGGACACCUCCUCCGGGGAGACCAUCGGCAAAUUCUACCUGGACCUGUACCCACGGGAAGGGAAGUACGGGCACGCAGCCUGCUUUGGCCUGCAGCCAGGCUGCCUGUUGCCGGACUCCAGCCGGCAGAUCUCGGUGGCGGCCAUGGUGGCCAACUUCACCAAGCCCACGCCGGAUGCGCCUUCCCUGCUGCAGCACGACGAGGUGGAGACGUAUUUCCAUGAGUUUGGGCACGUCAUGCACCAGCUGUGCUCACAGGCGGAGUUUGCCAUGUUUAGCGGGACACACGUGGAGAGGGACUUCGUCGAGGCGCCAUCCCAGAUGCUGGAGAACUGGGUGUGGGAGAAGGAGCCGCUGCUGCGCAUGUCCAAACACUACAAAACUGGAAACCCUAUCCCUGACGAGCUGCUGGAGAAGCUAAUUAAAUCCAGGCAGGCAAACACAGGGCUGUUCAACCUGCGUCAGAUCGUCCUGGCCAAGGUGGACCAGGCGCUGCACACCCAGACCAAAGCUGACCCCGUGGAGGUGUUUGCCCGGCUCUGUGAAGAGGUGCUGGGCGUUCCGGCCACCCCAGGUACGAACAUGCCAGCCACGUUUGGCCACUUGGCCGGCGGCUAUGAUGCCCAGUACUAUGGCUACCUCUGGAGCGAAGUGUAUUCCAUGGAUAUGUUCCACACACGCUUCAAGCAGGAGGGGAUCAUGAACUGCAAGGUGGGCAUGGAUUACAGGAACUGCAUCCUGCAUCCUGGCGGCUCCAUGGAUGCUUCCGACAUGUUGAGGAAGUUCCUGGGUCGCGAGCCCAAGCAGGACGCCUUCCUGGCCAGCAAAGGACUGAAGGUAGAGAGCAACUCGCUGCCUUCGGCCUGCUGAGAAGCUGCUCCAGCCCGUUUGAGUCACGCCAGCUCCUUUGUCUACGCACCAGUCCUCCCAGGCCGAGCAAAACCUGGUACUUCUGUCACCAAAUGCCUCCUGGGCCAACCCUGACGUGGGCGGUUGUUCCACCAGGGUCCUCUGAGCUCACCGGGGGCUUCAGGAGCUGGGCUCAGCCCUGCUCCAGGGCUCUGCAGUGACAGCUCGGCAGAGGGAAUCCAAUUGCCUUUGCCAGCCGCCCUAGCCAGGGGCUGAAGCUGUCACUAGCCCACACAAAUUACCUGAACUUUGAGCCUCAUUUCUGCAAAAGGGUGAGUUUUGGCCUCGUUGUUGGCUGGGGAGGAGGGUGAGAGGAGUUACCAAGCCUGAAUCAUCGUUUUAAAAUCCCUCCUUUUAAGAAACGAGACUUCCCACAGGGCUCGGCUUGUUUUGUGCCCCAGGGUAGAUUUACUGUUCUGGCCACAAAGCAAACGGCCUAAGAAGCUGUAUUAGGAAUCGUGUUCUCCCCGCCUUUGGCAGCUGACAGCUGUGGAAUAAAGAUGGGGAGAUCCCAAAGUUUAAAAAC